AUGUCAUUCGAAGUAUUAAUAUUACCAACAUCAUGGUUUAGAAAUCCUAAAACAGAUUUAUCAAAUUUAAGAUACUUAAUCAAUAAAGGAUAUAAUAAGCCAAGAAAAACUUUUGGUAUCAUUGAAACUCUUAGAAUUAUAUCAACUGAUUCAUUUUUUGAUGAUUUAGCAGUAUUACCAAAUGAUCAAUUAAAUUUUUUUUUAUUGUUAGGAACUGAAGAGAAAUUCCAGAAUUUAGAAAAUAAUGGAAUAUAUCGAGAUUUUAAAGAUGAAGAUGUUCAAAAUGCUUUUGGUUGUGAUAUACCGAAAGAGUACAGGUCAUUGUUUCCGUUAAGUGACUUACCAAAUGCUAAAAUCAAGAUAGUGGAUUCAGAUUUUAAGUUGGACGAUAGUUAUUUAAAAAGAGUUAUAGCGUCAACUGGUUUAAGAUCAUAUGAUAAAGUUUCAAAGCCAGGAGAAAAAGAUGUCAUACUAACAACAUAUUGUUCAUUUUUAUCCCAUGCAGCUAGUGAUUUUCUUGAUUUUUUAAUAUCAAAUUGUAUUUUGAAUCCAAAAAUUUUCAAGGCUUUGUAUUCAGAACCAUUAUCAGAUUUUAAAACGAUUGUUAUACAUGCAGAUUGUAUAAUCGAACAUAACUUAAUAGAUUAUUAUACUGGAAAAUGUAAAUUUUUUAAAUCUAAUAAACCUGAUAUUUCAAUUGCAAGUGCUGCUGGUGGAUACAAGCAAGUUAUAGCAAGUAGGAAUUUCAACAUUGGAUUUUUAUAUAGACGUAUAGAUGUUUGA